GUUAGUGGCUCCCCGGAAGAAGCGUGGCUGCUCUCCUGGUACUACCGAACGCUGUGAGCUGAGCCGCCCGCACCAUGCAGUCGGACGAUGUUAUCUGGAAUACACUAGGAAACAAGCAAUUUUGUUCUUUCAAAAUAAGAACCAAGACUCAGGGCUUUUGUAGGAAUGAAUACAGUCUGACUGGACUGUGCAAUCGGUCGUCCUGUCCCCUGGCAAACAGUCAGUAUGCUACCAUUAAAGAAGAGAAAGGACAAUGCUACCUGUACAUGAAGGUUAUAGAGCGAGCAGCUUUCCCUCGGCGUCUCUGGGAACGGGUCCGACUUAGUAAAAACUAUGAGAAAGCACUGGAACAAAUAGAUGAAAAUUUGAUUUACUGGCCCCGCUUUAUCCGACACAAAUGUAAGCAAAGGUUUACCAAGAUAACCCAGUACCUGAUUCGAAUCAGGAAACUUACACUGAAGCGACGGAAGAAACUUGUUCCUUUGAGUAAGAAGGUUGAACGAAGGGAAAAACGAAGAGAGGAAAAAGCAUUAAUAGCUGCCCAGCUGGACAAUGCUAUUGAGAAGGAAUUGCUGGAGAGACUGAAACAAGAUACGUAUGGCGACAUCUACAACUUCCCCAUCCAUGCCUUCGACAAGGCCCUAGAGAAACAGGAAGCAGAAAGUGACUCUGACGAUGAAGAAGAAGAUGAGGAGGAAGAUGAAGAAGAGGAUUCCGGGAAAAGAGAGUUUGUAGAAGAUGAUGAGGUAGAGGAGAGUGACCUCAGUGACUUUGAGGAUAUGGAUAAACUGAAUACUGACAGUGAGGAAGACCAGGAUGAUGAAUCCUCCAAUGAAGAAGAGGCUCAUAAGGCCAAACACAAAGGCAAAGCACCCUUGAAAGGACCUUUGCGGAAAAAACGGGCCUAUGUGGAAAUAGAAUAUGAACAGGAGACAGGGCCCAUGGCCAAAGUCAAAACCACAUGAGUUCCCUUCACACCUUUAUCCUGAAACAGUCAACACGGGCAGCUGUGCUCUUCUGUGUUCUAUUUCCUAAAGUAUUUAUACUGUUAAUAUGGACGUCACUUUGGUGGAACAGAAAUCUGGAGUGAGUACGAAAGUUGUCAGGAGUAUUUUUAUAACACAUGCUGUGACAGCUUGAGCCCCAGGAACCUAACAGAUGAAUUCCUGGAGUGGGAAUGGCACUGGCUGUAAAUAUUUCUAAAUUACAAUUUUUACUUAGAAAUGUCAGUAUUUCAGGUUUUUUUUUCUUACUCCGUUUUUCUUAUGUGUACAAACUGGAGGAGAUAAAAAUUUCAACUUAAAAUAUUUUAAUACAAAAAUAGAUUUUUAACCCUCCACCCCCCAUAUGAUCUGGAAUAAGAAGAGCAUCCUUUCCUGCUGGUUAGCCAUCUUCAGAGUCAUCGCCAGGAGCAUCUGCAGAGCCCUGCUGCACCUUCCUGAUGUAGCUCACCACUGUGCGGUCUUUACAGGAUAGAGCAAUUUUAGCCAGAAGACCCUGGAACACGAGAGCAAACAGGCAUUGAUUUCUGUAAAACCUGUUUCCCCACAGCCUUUACUCUUGUCAUAUACUCAAAAGAUGAGAGACUGCAUGGCUCUAGGGGAGAGUGCCUCCAUCAGAACAGGUGUUAUUGAACUGUCCCACGCUUGUAAGUACUCGGCUGGCUCAGAAGAACCUCCGUCAUUCUAGACAGAACGACUUUAAACUGAACGACUUCAGCUGGACCCCUGGCUGGAAAACACAAGGGCUACAGUGCAAUGGCCAAAUAAACUGAAAAACAGCAAGCCACGCUCUAGCUCUGCAUAUUUUGGGAGUACUGAUUUCUCGUCCUUUAAUUGGAGACUUCUAAUUGUGGUAAAAAUGAGAAAUUAGUCUUUGAAGUACAUGUAAAUUCACAUAGAUACCAUAAAUUAUGGUCUUGAGAAUUUUGUGGAAUAUGACACCAAAGGAAGAAUUUCCUACUGGUUAAGUCUAUGGAAAAUGGGAGGUAGUUCAGUGGGAUGAGCAUGAGGACCUGGGUUCAAUACCAUGUUUAAAACCUGUGUCAUCAGUGAAAAGCCUCCACUGGUAAUCUCAGUACAGGGGCGGGAUACACAAGCAGAGCCUUAGGGUUUUGGUGACCAGCCAGGCCUGCUUGAAGAGUUCCAUGCCUGUGAGAGAUCCUGUCUAAAAGAUAAAGUGGGAACUGUCCUGGAGGAAUGAUGAUCCUACAUUGGCCUUACCUGUACAAGCACACACAAGAAUGUGAACAAACUUGUAGGAAGUGCCCCUCCUGCCAUGGGGACAUUCUGGUAUCUCAGUUACAGUAUUAUUCCUUGAUAGCUCAUAGCCUUAUUUCUUUGGACUUUGUUAGCACUGGUUUUAAUUCAAAGUCUAGAACAGAAUUUGCUAACACAGUAGGUAUUUCAAUCUCAGAACUUUAUAAAAUCUGUGUGCCUUUUGUUCCGAGUGCCAGUAACAUCUGAUCCUCUUGUGCUCUAAAUGGUUAAACAGCAUUAAAAGAGCUUGAGAGUACUGAGGUGAGGACCUAACACCCUCCAAGCUCAUGGCCAAUGCAGGUGAGCAUACAAAUAGUAAAUUACAAUCAGUCACCGGCAUUACCUAGGACAAUAGGCCAACUGAAACAGUUGCAGAUGCUUGCCUUACCUUCACCUGCCCCUGAGAACAGUGGUCCAGAAGAAUCAGGCAGUCCGUGGCUUCCUGGAGCACCACACUCUUAGCUGCCUCAGUUGUGGGGAUCUUAUCCCUCGCUACAUCACAUAUCAGUUUCAGGAGAGCCUUCAGUAAGACCACAACUCUGCAGGAAAUUCUACAAUUGGGAAGAAAAACUUCAUAUUCUAAACUGGAAUAUGAAACUCAGACAAAAUUUGGUCCAGGCAUAGAAAAACUGAAGUCAAAUGUUUGCUAUCACAUUGCUGAAAACAAGACCAAACAGACUGCAGAUUAUUAGCCUCAAAGUUCCUGACAUUUCUACAGCAUUCUGCCUGGAUACACACAAGAAUAUAACAGUCUGGAAGCAGAAGCUGGUCUAUCUCUGCCAGUUUCAGAGCAGCCAGGGGACAGCGAGACUCUCUUGGACAGAACAACAACAAAGACAGAAAAACCUAACAAUGUUUCCUGCCAAGGCUUAAGUCCCCAGCAUGAUCUGAGAAUUAAGGGAGUCAGAUCUCUCCUGUUCAAGCCCCCCUCCCUUUUUAUCCAUAGAUAAGAAGAUAGCCUGCAGUCACAGAACUCUGAGCCUGGACUUUAAGUCAGUCUGCAGGUAGUGAGUGAGUGGUAUAUGCUUAUAAUCCCAGCAGGUAGGACCUGGAGGCAGGAGGAUCAACAACUUGAGCUUUACUACAGAGCAAAACCUUACCUUAAAAGAGAAAUAAGGAUGAUUUAUUAAUUCAGUCUCAAGCUCCUUGCUGGCUUUUAAGUCUAGCUUAUUCUCUUAAGUGUUAAUCCUUUUGAUGAAAUAGACACAGCAUUCAUUACAAGACAUUCUGACUACACCAUGCCAUUAGGUCAUAGGCUUUAACUUUGUAAAGUUUAUAAACUAAACUUUAAUGAAAGGUGGAAAGUAACAUGUACUGUGGAAAUAAACCACAUUUCUGGCUUGAA